AUGGCAGCUACUAGUUUCUCCUUGCCGACAUUCCCGCCAUUCGAUGCCCAUGCCGAUGGAAAUACUGGUCAUCGCUGGAAAAAAUGGCUAGGCCGCUUUGAACGGUUGCUUGUGGUGAUGAAUAUUACCGACAAAAAACAACAACGUGCGAUGCUAUUACAUUUCGCAGGACCGGCUGUUGACGAAAUUUUUGACACCCUUUCAGACACUGGCGAAGCAAAAGACUACGACAAAGCGAUAGAAGCACUCAAUGCCUAUUUUAUUCCGCAC